AUGUCGGAAAGCGCCAUCUCCAUCUUACGGAGUGAAAACAACGUCUGCUCAGCCUGUGCAUUCAUCAACUUUGAUUCCUUCAUUCAUCAUGCCAAAGAUGUGGUGGGCAAAUCGUUACACGACAUCGACAAGCGCUAUCUCGGACUAGAUUCUCCAGACUCCCCAUUUGCGCUGCUAGUAUGUGAUGACAACGGCGCGGUAGAGAUGGUAGGCAUUGAAGUCGAUCACGUCGAGAAAACCUCUGCUUGUCCCUGUUACGAGAUAUUCAAGAUACUCAAAUUUGAAGGGUCGCAUACUUACCUUGUUUACUUGCACCCUUCGCGAAAACAGUAUGAUCUACGAAUGAAGGACAAGAAAGUUACACGUCCACAGCUCAAAGUGUGUCAAUUGUAUGAUUUCAACCGUACGUCAAGGCUGAGUGACGGUUUAACGGCGAGAAACAUCAGAACCUUCCGCUGGGAUCGCACUUUCAAGUUGGUCCAACCCGGCCAGCCCGAUCCCAAACUGUCAGCAGACUUGUUAUCCAUCAAGUCUGCCUUGGCGCGCGAGGCUUGCCGGCAUCAUCUCAAAUCAGAGGGAGGUCAGAAUUGGGAAGCAUUGUUUCGACGGGGACUACCUGGGUGGAGUGUCAUAGACUGCUUCACGGACGAAAUUGUCAACCUCGAGGAUUGCGUUGCGUCGGCGGGGUCUUUCGAUGCAGUCGAGUACGCUACCCUGAGUUAUGUCUGGGGGUCCGCACAGAGCGAUUGUCCGAGGCUUGGUCGCAAACUGCCCGCAUCCGUGCCUCGAGUCAUCGAAGAUGCAAAGACUGUAACGGCUUCGCUAGGAUUCCGGUAUCUUUGGGUCGAUCGCUAUUGUAUCCCUCAACAUUGUGCCAAAGAGGCCCACGACCAGAUCUGCAACAUGAACCUCAUCUAUGCCCGGUCCUGCAUCACCAUCGUUGCUGCAGCAGGCCAAUGUCCGGACUACGGUCUUCCUGGGGUUGGGAAGACACUGCGAAAAGUACUUGACACUUUCCAAAUCGGAUCUCAUACCAUCAGACGAAUGCCCACCGAUGCAAAAUGGGUUGAGCAGCAGAUCCAGCACUCCAAGUGGAAUACGAGAGCUUGGACUUGUCAGGAGGCAGCUUUAUCAACGAGGCGACUGUACUUCACCGACCACUUUGCCCUUUUGGAGAAUGGAAAUGAGGGAGAAAGCUACAUCGAAGGCUUGCCGAAUCAACUUUGCCCAAAGAACGGGACCGCAUGGGAUGGUAUAAAUACGUUAGGUUCUAUUCCCCACGCGGGAAGCUAUGACUCCGAGUUAUCGCUAAAUCCCUCAUGGGCUCCAUGCUACGAAUCGCAUGGGAGCAAGUAUGCGAGUUUUGUGCCUACUGUACAAGUUUCACUUCGGUAUGCGGAUGGGUUCACCUUCAAGUGGGCUUCCAUGACGAAGGAGCGGAUCUACAAGUUGAUGGACGACCGAGAUGAGGGCACCAUAGAGUUCAUCCUUGUGACGGGACUGACUUUCGGAUUCAAAGCGUUGUGGUCCAUGUCUAGUCGAGAGAAAGAUGUUGCCAGGGCUAGGUCAUGGGCGAACACCAGCCCAGGCCUUAAGAGUGCCAUCGUUCGUGGGUCACGUUUGAAUGACUUGGACGAAAUUGCACGGAAAUCCUACGGCAUUUCGCAAGAUGAAUUGUUAGAUGAGUCUCGAGCUCUUUGCCUUUGCAUUGGGUCGAUUGGUGUCGUCCGAUGGCGGGACGACUUGGCAGAGAUUGAGCAUGUUCAGGAUCCAUUUCGGAGAAUGUAG